UCACAGCGUUCCAAAGACUAGGAGUAAAAAUUUAUCUAUGAUUAGAAAUAUGAGUAAAAGUUUAUUUUUAGAAAGCUAUUUGCCGAUAUAAAUAGAUGUAAUGACAACAUUGGACAUUUGGUUUCGUUUGGACUAUCACAGGGUCAAUUAAAAUAAACUACAUUCCUUGAAAAUGGUGAAAUUGCUGAGUGAUAUAUGCCUAAACGUCAUUCAUGUUUCAUUGGACAAGAUGCCAGAUAUUGGACUCUAUCUUCCCACAGUGUACAAGGAAAUGUUAAUUGAACGUUUGGCAUGGCAUGAUAUGAUUUCUCCAGAUUACCUCCCUUACAUAUCUCGUCAGCUAUUUUCAUCAUCUCUUAGAAGAAUUAAUUUCUACAAAUGUGAGCAAGUUAAUGACACAGUGCUACAGUUAUUGGCGACAUCAAAAUGCAAGCUAGAAUAUUUGACAGUGAAUCAGUGUCAGGAUGUAACAGAUAAAGGCAUACAAUGCUGUACAAGAAACCAAGACGAACUAGUAUCUGUUAAGUUCAGGAAAUUAAAGUUAUUAACAGAUGCUAGUCUUAAUUGUUUGAUGUCACCAAAACUAAAAUGUGUUGAUCUCAAAGACUGUGCGAAACUGACAUUUGAAGGUGUGCAGAAAAUGUGUGAAAGAAAUCCUACCAUUGGAGAGCUGACAGUGUCAGGUGUAAAUGAAAUAAAAGGAAAUAAGGCUAUCAAUAAUAAAAGUUUGGAGCACACUCAGGACAAACAUGGCAGCAUCGUCAAAAUUGCACACAAUCUUGGACAUAAUUUGGAGAUAUUUGAUGCUCAGUUGAAUCAAAUGUGUGACGAAUGUCUAGAAGUAUUAUCAUGCUGCUGUCCUAACAUGAAAAGUUUGAAUUUGCAUGGAAGCUCAAGACUAUCAGGAAAAGCUUUAACAAAGUUCUCAAUAGGCUGCACAAGUUUGGAGAAGCUAGAUCUCUCUUUCUGUAGUAGUUUAUGCAACAGUCCCAGCAAUGAAGCUCUGUGGACCCUUCCUACCUCCCUUACAGAACUCUCCCUAUCGGGAAUACAACUGCGAGAUGAGAGGAUAUUUGUAGAAUGUUUACAGCGCUUGCGUUGUCUAAAAGCAGUUAAAUUGUGUGGCGUUAUUGCUGUAACAGAUAAAACACUGAAACAGGUUUUACAACACAUAGGUCACUCUUUGACCUCGCUAGAUUUAAGCGGAGGUCUAAACGAUCAAUUGUCUGAUGAAGGUUUAUUAAGUAUAACCGAACACUGUACGAAUCUAGAGGAACUCUUAUUCAGACUACUACCAAAGUUAAAAUGUAAAGAGUUACUGCCCAUUUUCAAGGAUCGAGCGAGGGCUUCAAAGUUUAAAAAGAUUUUUCUUUCAGUUAAAGAGCUGGACUCUGACUUGCUACGUGAAGUGUGUAAGUCAUGUCACAAUCUAGAGAAGCUAGAUUUAGCGGGUCUAGGUAUUGUUAGUGAUGAAACUCUGUUUUUGCUGGCCAAAAACUGCCCGAAACUGGAACAACUUAACAUCAAAAGUUGCAGGAAGGUAACAGAUGAAGGUGUAUGUGAACUUGCCCGAUGCUGUCCAAUAAAAUUCCUCGUUCUAGCUGGAAUUUUCAAUGUUACCGACAAAAGUAUAUUUGCUCUUGCCAAUAGCUGCCAUUAUUUAGAAGAGAUUUAUUUAAAUGGAUGUGCUCAGAUUUCACCAACAUCUAUACGCUAUCUUGUGGAUUGUGCAAUUCCAAGACUGUUUUACAAACAUGCCACUCCCAACGCUGCUCCGAACCAGCUAAUGGCGAGGAACCUCGAUACCGGGGAAUUCUGUAGAGCUGAUUUGAUCAAUGAAGAUAUAUUGGAUCUUUAACUUUUCUGGAAAAUUUGAUCUGUGCAUGUUUUUUUUUAAUGUAUAUGUAUGUUUAUAUAAAUUAUGUAAGUUAUAAAUGUCUAGUUCGGAUUAGUUUUUUGCUCGACAAGUGAAGAAUAGGGAGAGCUGUUGUACUCACCCAGGCAUUGUUGUCCUACAUUGGUUAGGUUUUUUGCAUUCAAUUUGAUAACUCCAAAACUACUGAAGGGGAUUUUUUGAAGAAUAGGACACUUAUUCUCUGAUAUUAUUUUACAUGAGGGGCACAGGCCCCAUAACUCUGAGUUAACUCUUUAUAGAGUUAUUCCACUUCUCUUACUAUAAAGCCCUAAGAAUAGUCGAGUGUGAUGUCUUGCGAACAGCUCUUGUUAAAUUUUAGAAUACAAUGUUGCAUGUGUUAUGUACAAUACAAAGUAUUGAAACAAAGUUAAAUAUCCAAACCUUUCUUUAUAUGUUAUCGCAUAAUUCUAAUAGACUUCUAGAAUAUAUGUUGUUAUUAUAUUUUAUUUUGUAAUAUAGUAUUAAAUUUACAUUAUUUUGUUAAUUUUUAUAAAAAAUUUAUACCCUAA